AUUCUUUUGAGGAGUAACCUACGGGAAAGGCUACUUAAUUCUUAACUGACGUACUGAAGACAUAUAAGCGAUAUAUAUAUAUCCAGCCUAUAAAUACAUAUCUACCUGUUAUGAAGCUCUCAAAAGAAAUAAAAUGGAUAAUAUUUUUCGUUGUUUUAUUUGCAAUAAGCGUUUCUGCGAUAAUAGUUGGAUCAUUAGUUGAUUUAAGAGCUAUGGAAAUUACUUUCUUAAUAUUUGGUAGCAUUUUCUUAUUUCUCUCUAUUUUUUGGAUUUUAUACUUGGGUAGAGAAAUAUUAAUUAACAAAAACAAGAAUCUGAAUCAGCCUGGCGUUAUUAUUACUCUUGUAAGACUAUAUUUUAUAUUGCAAUAGAUAAUUUUUUUAAAAUGUUUAAUUAUUUAAUUUGCUUAUUAUCUUACCCAGGGACCAUCAACAAGCGGUCAAGUAUAUUCACCAUCUGUAAACAACACUAUUCCAGAUGCUGAGAAACAUUCAUCUUCAAAUAGUUUGGAAAAGGAAGAACCUCCGAGUUAUUCAGACGUUAUGAAAAUAUGAAUUACAUCAAAAGCAACUACAUAUACAAAAUACAUAUUCUUGUUCUUGUAAAAAAAUUGACUAAAAACUUAAAAAUAAAAUUGGGAAUGAAUGAGUCAGGCUAUUCCUUUCUUCUUUCUACUUUACAUGUAGGCCCAACGAAAAAGAAAGUAGAAAUAUUUUUUUAUAUGCAUAUAAUAUAUAUUACGCAAUGUUCCAAAUACAAUUAUAUCAAUUUAUAACUUAAUCGAUACUUUAUUUUCUGAAUAAAUUAAAUGCUAAAGAACUAUUAGCAUUAUUAGAAAAAUGAAAAUAAAGGCAACAUUUUUUAAUUCAUCAAAAACAUAUAGUUGACCUUUAGAAAAUGGUUUCUUUUUACACUUUUUAAAUUUAUUAGAAAAUUUUUUAGCCUUGUCACUUUUCAAGUUUUUUAUGACCCGGAUUUUAAAAAAUUUACAUUCAAAUCGUUUUCAGUAUCUAUGUGAAAUUGUAGAUAAAAUGUUAACAGUUUAAAUGUUUUCUUCAAUUUCGGAAAGGAUAGGAGGUGCUAUUGCCAUAUUAGGAAUUAUUUCAGCUGGUCCAGCUGCGUAUUUUUUAUACAAAAAAAAUUACGCAGUUGGUGUACCUUUUGCAGUUGUUUGCCUAUUAUGUUUUGUAAUAGUAUCUUACCUAUAUAAGGAGGGCUCAUUAAAAGGAACGUCUCCUGAAGAUGAUAAUCAUGAAAAUGGAAGACAAAGAAUAAGCAAUGAACAGACUAAUCAAGGAAAUGAUACAUGCGCAGGGCAGAAUCAGCAGCAAAGCUCUACUCCUCCUUACGUCAGAAGAGAACCUCCUAAACCACCUAAUUACAACAGCAAAAGGGAAUCUUGUGAGACCCCUAUAAAUAUCUCGGAUAAUGUAGAGAGUCCCCUUGAACCGACAGCUCCAAUUCCAGAAAGUGAAGAAGAGAAAGCUACUAAUUCAAAUAAACCACCAUAUGAAGCUCCCCCUCCCUACGCUCCAAGUCAUUUAUGAUUUUGCCAUUUCGAUUAAUUGAUCAAACAGUUGAUGAUAAUUUUCGUUGCUUUCCUGUUACUAUAAUCAAUAAAUAACCAGGUCAUUUAAUUAAUAUAAACUACUUUUGGAAUUAAAGUUU